CUCCAUCUUCAUCAGUCGAAGCUACCUGUACUAAAUCCACGCUAAUUAACUACCUAGGUACCUCAGUACCUUACUAUUUGUCAAGCCAGAAAAGGAAACCCAGGCCAAAAUGCCGAAAAAUAGGCCGACCGAGGUCGCGUACAAUGCUGUCAGGGACGACAUGCAAACGUACCUCGACAACGCAGAACCGGAGCAGAUCUCGCUUCCCCAAUGGGGCGUCACGACGUGGCAAAAUGCGCACGGCGAAAGGCGGGCAAGCUCGAGGCACACCUUUCACAUCGGAUUCCGCUACAUGAGGGACACAGGGGACUACUGGACUUGUAUUCUCGUCGAUACCCGGACCGAGGGCUCACUCCCGGUCGCUGGCACCUUUAUAAACUGGGGUACCAACCCGCCUACCCCGCGUGAGGUCUUGCUGCUUUACCAAAACGCCAGGUUCCCGCUGUCACGAGACUUCAAGCCCAGCAGGUCCGGCUCGGGAGGAGGACAAGGUGGCGCCGGCGGUGCUGGCGGGUCAUCCAGCGGCGGCGCUUCCGGUUGGAAGAAAGAGAUUCACGAAGACGGGUACGGUGGAUACUUUUACUACGACGCAGACUGGGAGUACCACCAAUGCGAUAGAAACGGCAACGACACAUACACCACGCAGGCAGGAGGCUACCGGACAAGCAACCCUCACAGCUUCAAGGCGGUCUUCGGCCCUCCCCCGAACACGUACUACUACCACCGGGGCAGGCGGAUGCCUUGCAAAUUGAAUACUGAUAAGCGGAACCAGACGUGGUUCGAGGACGCCCAGAAAAGAACAUGGAACGCCAAAUAUUAUGCAAGUGAGCCCAGACAUUCGCAGUCAUCCUCGUCUGCGAGUCAUCGUUCUGCUACUACUGCGUCUCAGAGCCAGGGAGGUCACAAGACUUCCACUCAGAGGAAGUACUUUACCGACGAGGAAUCUGGGAAACGGUACUACGUGGAUUCCGCUGGUAAAACACGCUGGGUGUAA